GUCGCGCGUCCAUUGUCCUUUUUUACUACUUUGGGGUCUACACUUGCUCUAUGACGAGCUUCAUAGUGUGAGCAGGCCAACAAGUACACUAAGCCACGCCCAGACGGGCCGUUGGAUCGUCUCGUCUCGUUUCAUGAUUUGAGUGUCGUGAAACCAUCGCAAAACAGUAAACCCGCCAUGUCAGAUAUCGAAAAGCCAGGUGAAGAGCCUCCUGUUGCUACAGGUGCAGGGGCUGCUAAUGGAACUGCUGCGGCUCAAAUGAAAAGCUCGCCAACCUUCCUUGACAAGCUUUCUCAAUUUACUAUUGGCAGAAACAGGGGGCUGUUGCCCUCUGAAAAGGAUGCAGCUACAGAGUCAGACGAAAAUGCCACACCUCCGCCUCCUCUCACUUUCUGGCAGAAGGUGAAGUUGCAUUUCAGACGUUACUGGGUCUGCCAUCUAAUCGCACUCAUUAUUCUUCUGGCGAUCUUGCUUCCCUGCCUUUUCUUAUUGAUCAUUCCUGCAAUUGCGCAAGAUCUACUCAGCAGCGGUAAAAUUGUGAUCGAUUCCGCCUCGAUUCUACAGCCGACCAACAAUUCCGUGAUACUAUCUAUCGACUCACAUAUUUAUGUUCCGGGACCAUUCACCGUGCACACAGAUGCCGAGCAUCUGCAACUAUAUGUUCCUCAAGUGGGAUCCGAUUAUCCCAUGGCACUCCUGAAUCUACCCGCAACAAAAAUCCAUAAAAACACCAGUAUUGGAGAACACGGCCAGUAUACUGUCUUUGAGAAUUAUACAUCAUGGCAGCAAUUCGUGCACAAUACCAUUUUCCUUGAUAAAGGUGGCUUAGGUCUGAAAGGCAAAGUCGGUACGCGGCUCGGAAAGAUCAAGAAAUUUACUCUGGAUUUGGAUAAGACAAUACCUUCCAAUGCACUAAAUCAGUUCAAAGGAUUCAGCAUCGACUCUGCUAGCUUGGUUCUACCAGCCGAAAGCGAUGGCACAAAUCUCAUUGCAAACGCAACCUUACCGAACCAGUCUGUGCUGACUCUGGAAAUUGGCAAUACAACUGUCGAUAUCAAGGCCGGUAGUCUCACAAUUGGCAAAGGAAUGAUCGAAAACCUCUACUUGAAACCGGGAAAUAAUUCAGUACAGAUCCGGGGCACCGCAGAUUUGAAAACGAUUCUCGCCAACCUUGGCUCCCUCAUCGCCCAGCAAGGACAAUAUAUCAAAAACGGCUAUCUAUCGCUGACCACCCAGGUUACCAAUAUUUCAUACAACGGGAGCACCAUCAGAUACUACACCGAAGAAAUGGGCAAACUUCCCCUAACCGCACAGACACCGGUGCUGGGAUUGUUAAUCAACUCCCUCUCGGGCUUCUUGCAUGGCGGAACGGCGAACACGACCAAUCUUACAUCGAUCAUCGCCAACUAUACGAAUAAUCGCUUGUCACACGAAAGUAGCAGUGAUAUCCUUAAUAAUGCUACACAUUUAGAGAUGGUCACUAGGCAUCAUUUGGAGAGGCUGGUCAAGUUAUGAUAUUGUUGAAUGCUGCGAUAGCGUCGCGAGUCAUUUGGUCUUGGUGUCUGUUUGUUUCACAAGAUACCA